AUGAAAGGAAACAGAUUGAAACCAGAUAGCAUCUUUUAUGAUGUUAUUGCUAAUGGGUUAUCAAGAUGCGACCUUUUUAAUAACCCAAUUGGUCUUUUACAUGAUAUGAAAUCACAAGGUUUGAAACCUACCAGUAUUACACAUAAUCUGGUCAUUGAGGGUUUAUGUAAAGAAGGAAAGAUGAAAGAAGCUGAAGAUAUUUUUAAUAGUUUACAAGAGAAAAACUUGGAUAGUUAUGCUGCAAUGAUGAAUGGGUAUUGUGAAGGAAACAAUACUCGAGAUGCAUUUAAGCUUUUUUUGUCUGAGAAAGGACUUAUUACAAAAAGAGCUUCUUGUUUGAAACUUAAAGGAUUUAUACCUGAUGUUGUUACAUACACGAUGAUGUUAAAUGGUUAUUGUAGGGUGAACAGGUUAAAUGAAGCCUAUAAUCUUUUUGAUGACAUGAACAAGAAGGGUUUUAAACCUGAUAUAUACACAUAUACAGUUUUGCUUCAUGGGGCGAGAAGAAGGGAGGAUGUGAUGAGUAUCAUACAAGAAAUGAAGAAGAGUGGUUUAUCUUUUAAUGUUAAUUGCUACAAUGUAAUGAUAGAUAAGCAUUGUCAUUUGAACAACUUACAUGAAGCUGUUUGUUUGUUUAAAGAAAUGAAAGAUAAAGGUGUUGAAAGGAAUACUGUGACAUACACUGUUAUUAUACGUGGUUUAUGUCAUCAUGGGUUUAAGGAGAAGGCUGUAGAGCUUUUUCAUGAGAUGAUAUCAAAUGGUAUUCAGCCGAAUAGAAGUACAAUGAAAGCACUAAAAUGA